UCAAAUACAUUCAACGCAGAUCAGAGUGGCUUCCAGCUAGAAAUGCAUUCCGGAAGAACUUUAGCAAUCGAAGGAGAAAAGCAAGUACAAUGUCUUGUACAAUCAGUCUCAUCUACGACCCACAGUUAUACGAUUCAGCCGACUAUAUCAGCUGACGGCAAACUGCUAUCUCCUCUAUUUUUGGUUUUAAAAGAACCAACCGGCAAGAUUGGUCCAAUAGUGGAGAAAACGCUUUUCAGACCAGAUAAUGUGUACAUAGAAGUAUCCAAGUCUGGGAAGCUUACUUCAGAUCAUUUCAAAAUUUGGUUGCAGCAUGUGUUUUUCCCGAAAAUUGGUUCAAAAUCUUUAUUACUGAUUGAUUCUUAGACUGGACACUGCCCCCCAAGCUGUACUUGAUGUAAAACCUUCAAAUAGAUAUGUCAAAGUAAUGAUUAUACCUAAAGGAACUACCGGAAAAAUCCAACCCCUCGAUGUUUUUGGAUUCCGAGUAUGGAAAAAUUUUGUUAGACAUUUUUCUGAUACUUGUCUAUUGAUGAAUUAUAAUAUUGAUUUGCAUUUGAGAAAU